GAUGUUCCGAGCAGUGAAGCAUGCCGUCGUCUUGGCGAAGAAGAGCCGAGCUGAGCCCGCGGCCUUGUCUGCCUUCGCCAGCCACUUCUCCGCGGCUUCCACCUCGCAGAGGUUGGCCGGGAAGGUGGCCGUGAUCACCGGCGGCGCCAGCGGCCUCGGCAAGGCGACUGCCGCGGAGUUCGUCCGGAACGGCGCCAAGGUCAUCCUCGCCGACGUCCAGGACGACCUCGGCCACGCCGCCGCCGCCGAGUUCGGCCAUGACUCCGCAUGCUACACGCGCUGCGACGUGACGGACGAGGCGCAGGUCGCCGCGGCCGUGGACCUAGCCGUGGCGCGGCACGGCCGCCUCGACGUCAUGUUCAACAACGCCGGCAUCAGCGGCGCCCUCACGCCCGUGCCCCUCGGCUCCCUGGACCUCGCCGACUUCGACCGCGUCAUGGCGGUCAAUGCGCGGGCCGUGCUCGCGGGCGUCAAGCACGCCGCGCGCGUCAUGGUCCCCAACCGCCGCGGGAGCAUCAUCUGCACGGCCAGCACGGCGGCGGUGCUGGGAGGCGUGGCGUUCCCGGCGUACAGCGUGUCGAAGGCGGCCGUGGUGGGGCUCGUGCGCGCCGUGGCCGGGGAGAUGGCGCGCGCCGGGGUGCGCGUGAACGCCAUCUCGCCUAACUACAUCCCGACGCCGAUGGUCAUGGGGUACAUGGCCGAGUCCUACCCCGGGGCGAGCGCCGAGGAGCGCAGGCGGAUCGUGGAGCGGGACAUGAACGAGAUGGGCGGGCCGGCGCUCGCGGUGGAGGACGUGGCCCGUGCGGCGGUGUACCUGGCGUCCGACGAGGCCGGGUACGUGAACGGGCAUAACCUCGUCGUUGACGGCGGGUUCACCGUCGGCAAGACGCCGAAAAUGCCGGCGCCGUGACGUUGACAGGUCUUAUCAUUAGAUAAACUUUACUUCGUGAAGUUAAACUUCGUGAAAUUUGAUCAACUUUCUGAAAAAAAAUGUCAACGUUCACAAUAGAAAAUCAAUAUCAUUAGAUACAUCAUGAAAUCACUUUUCAUACCAUGAAACUUUACUUGUAAUAGUUCCCUAAAAUUCUAACGUUCACCACAUAUUAUAGUCCAAGAGGGGAUAAAUUUUAUACUGUUGGUCUUGCAGCCACUUGCUGGGCAAUCUGGCUUGCUCGCAAUAAGGUUACCUUUGAGAAAAAGCAAAUUAAGUCUCCUUUUAAAAUUGUGUUCUCUAUAUACUCUUUUCUAUUGUAUUGGACAGGACUGCAGAAGGGUGAUGACGCUGACAAGCUUCGCUCAGGUGUCGAGAUGAUCAGGGCCAGCACGAUGCAGCUGAUGGACUUUGCGGGACUACUGCCCAGUCGAUUGGAGGAGCGUGAAGAUCGUGAUGGAUGUACACUGCUUUGAGGGCGGACGAAGUGGAGUGUUCUGCUGGGAGGGCCAUCUUCCUCAUAGUAGCUUUCCUCUUUUGAUUGAUGAUAUAUUUUGGUGUGUUGGCAUGUAUCUCUCUCUGGAUGUCGUGGAACAUAGUACUCAGAUAGAUGUAGGUGUUAUCAGGUUUUCGCCCCACAGCGUUCGGG